CAAGUGACAAGGCGCAGAUGAGGCUGGUUUUGGGGUAUAUGAGAGGAGGAACCACUCUAACAGCUGACCUUAUACGUCACACGGAGGGGGACUUCUACAUGUUUGAACCAUUACACGCAUUGUCUCAGGCAGUUAGAUGGAACAAUACAACAAAGUUUCUAAAUGGUACAGAGAGGACGAUUCUAAAAGAGAGACUUGAAUAUGUUUAUCCCGAAAUGAUUUAUUACUGGUUUACGUGUAACUUCGAUCAUAUUGAUCUGACUGCCUUAACAGAUCCUUUUAUAGCAAUACAUACACCAGAACAUAAAGACUACUAUAAAUGUUUUGAAGAUAAUAUGAAAGAAAACAAAAGUGUUAUUGAAAGUGUAAAAGAUUGCGUUGACUUUUUGAGUAUACGAUGUUCAACAGCAAAGACUAGGACGAUAAAGACUGUUCGUUUGUCAAUGUUAAUGGCGGGAAAACUCUUAAAAUGGCUGCCAAAUCUGAAAAUUACUUAUUUAAUACGAGACCCCCGAGGAAUCUUAAAUUCGCAAUUUGAGCAACACGUGACCGAAGAAAAUGAUACGAUUGCAACUAUCAAAAAAGUGUGUAAUACUAUUUCGACAGACUUUACAAACUUUAAAUACUUAGAGCUUUGCUAUAAAAACAGAAUGCUGAUUAUUAUUUACGAAAACCUGUGUCAGUAUCCAAGCAUACUUGUACCAAAAAUAUAUAAGUUUUUAAAUGUUGAGUUUACGAAUGAGACAGGAAAUUAUGUCAAACGGAUUAUGAAUGGACCCGCUAGAAAAUGUCACUAUUGUACAGAUCGAGGGGAUGCUCUAGGAAAUGCUUACAGGUGGAUCCGUGAUAUUGAAGAAAAGACAUUAUUAGACAUUGAUCUUCAUUGUUCAUUUUUGUAUUCACACUUCGGGUAUCAACAUCUAGAAUAUGAUAAAUUGAAUUCAACGAAGGCUUCAUGGGAGCCUACAGGAUAAAGAAGAAUGCAAAUAUACCAAAUUGGAAA